AUGAAGGAACAUGUACCAAUCUUCACAGAGGGAUCUGAAGUGGAGAGAACUAAUGGAUGGUGUAAUGGAUAUUGCAAAAAGAAUUGCAGUCAAUUUGACAAAACAGUUCUGUUUGCAUCUUUGUUUUUAUUUUCCCAGAGAUACUAUAUCAAUGAUUCAUUUUAUCAGUCUGGUGGACCUGUUUUUUUGAUGAUUGGUGGUGAGGGUACUGCAAACCCAGCCUGGAUGGACCAUGGUGCCUGGAUAAAAUUUGCUGAAAAGUUGGGUGCUCUGUGUCUUCUUAUAGAGCAUCGAUUUUAUGGAAAAAGCCAACCAACAGUGGACUUGAGUUUGUCAAGUCUUCAAUACCUCCACAGUAAACAGGCCCUUGCAGACCUUGCCCACUUUCGAGCAGUGAUAGGCAUAAAAAUGAACCUUACCCUCAACAAAUGGAUUGCUUUCGGAGGCUCCUACCCAGGAUCCCUUGCUGCUUGGUUUAGAUUGAAGUACCCACAUCUAGUCUACGCUGCCAUUGCAUCCAGUGCACCAGUUCAAGCUGUUAUCAACUUUUCAGAGUAUUUGGAAGUGGUUAAUUAUGCUUUGGAAAGUUACAGUACCCCAUGUCCUCUGCUUGUGAAGGAUGCAUCUGACACACUCAUAGAAUUGUUGCCAAACACUGCCAAGUAUCAUAAGAUUUCACAAGAUUUCCAGUUAUGUGACCCACUUGAAAUAAAAUCCGGAAUGGAUUCUGCUUAUUUAUUGGAGACAUUGGCUGGGAAUUUCAUGGAUGUGGUUCAAUAUAAUAAGGACAACAGACUUUUUGAGGACCCAAAAGGUGCCAACAUUACAAUUGACAAGCUCUGUACGAUAAUGGAGAAUUCUUCCUUGGGUAUACCGUACAAGAGAUAUGCAAAGGUUUCUCAGCUGCUACUGGAUACGUAUGAAGAAAAGUGUCUGGACGCAAGUUACAGCAAGUUUUUAUCUGAUAUGUUGAACACUUCCUGGGCUUCUCCAGCAGCAGAUGGAAGCAGACAAUGGGCUUAUCAGUCAUGUACAGAAUUUGGAUAUUAUCAGUCAACUGAUUCUCUGCAGCAGCCUUUUGCUGGAUUUCCCCUCAGUUACAAACUGCAGCAAUGCAUGGAUUUAUUUGGUCCUGCAUUCAAUCGUACUGUACUUGCUCAUGCUGUACAGCACAGCAAUGAAAACUAUGGAGGUACUAACAUUAAAGGAAGUCGAAUAAUUUUUCCAAAUGGCUCAAAGGAUCCCUGGCAUGUACUGAGUAUUACCAAAGGUCAUAGAGCUAUUUACAUUCAAGGUACAGCACAUUGCGCAGACAUGUAUCCAUUGCGACAAAGUGACCUGCCACCGCUCAGAAAGGCAAGAGACGAGAUUUUUCGGCGGCUGAAAAACUGGGUUAAACAAUAAAGACUUUCAGCAAUGCCAAAAUGAAAUAUUGAGGAAUUUGCUGUAUCUGUUUUCUUUCCAUUCAUCUGGUCUUAGAGAGCAUUAAGAACCGUUAAUCACGUCAAAUCUUUGUUAAUGCAAUGGCUUCCUGUAUAAACUGUAUUAUUGAAAUGUGUUUUUUUUCAGAAUAUAUCUUCUAACCAUGUUUGUGAUUUAGUCUGCAGAAUGAAUUUUAAAUUAUAUGUGUAAGUUCCAACGUAAAAAUGCCCAACUUAUUAAUUUGGAAGCAUGUGGCAUUCGGUAGAUAGAUUUGCAGCAAACAAAGAGUUUGUUUUCUAUGUUAGGGUAGUGAAAUAAAGCAACAAUUAUCAGGGUUGUUAGAAUUAUAUAUUUGGUCUUGGAGAAUGCAUGAACUACUCCUUGAAGGGAAGAAGUGUCAACUGUAUGCAUAUUUCAGUACUUACAGACACCAGGAGUAAAAGUGCUGAAUAUUUAAUCAAAAAUAGUGUGCCUGGUGAAAUGGGUGAAGUUAAGUAAAAGACAAAGAAAUAUUUGAAGAUAUUGGUUUACUAUACUAAUUCCUUAAUAACUUGAUGAAACAAACUUAUGGGUUCAACUGCUUUAUACUAUCCAACAAGACAAAUAAACUGUUGGUUUUUAGAAUGUUUUUUUGAGGUUGCUUGUCAGCAAACACUUUAUGAAAUAAACUUUAAAAGCAAACCAACCGGUUUCAUAAUUUGUACACGUAUUGAUAUAAAUGGGAAAUAAUAUUUGCAAGACUGCACUUGUAUAUCAUUUGUGCAAUUAUGACAAGGAAUUUCUGUUAUGAUUCAGAUAUACGAUGCCAAGAAGAGUUGAGAAGUAGU